GUGGUAAUCUAAUCCAAAAUCAAAUUCUGAAGUAUGAUUUAAACUAUAACUCUAUACGUUAUAUGGGAAACUGGCUAUAAAAAGACCCACUUCACCACAGUCAGAAUUAAUCACUGUUUCGCAGAAGGAUAGACGACGCCACCUUAUUCUCUAGUAUUUGCUUUAGAUGAUGAAAAUGAAGGCAGAGAGGAUAUUGUUGCUGCUUGUUUGUGUCAGCUUCUUUAUCUUUGGAGUGACUGCUGGUCCGCAGACGUGCCCUGCAGAUCUUGAGAGUGAUUGCAGUGGUUCUGGGGAAUGGAAAGGGGAGUUUUUCCCUGAAAUUCCCAAAAUUAAAUAUGAGGGCCCCUCUAGCAAGAACCCCCUUGCGUACAAAUGGUAUAAUGCAGACGAGGAGAUUCUGGGGAAGAAAAUGAAGGAUUGGUUGAGGUUUAGUGUUGCAUUUUGGCACACAUUCCGUGGAACAGGAGCUGACCCAUUCGGUGCGCCUACAAAAAAUUGGCCUUGGGAGGAUGGAACUAACUCUGUUGCUAUGGCCAAGAGAAGAAUGAAAGCCAACUUUGAGUUCAUAAAUAAGCUUGGAGUCGAUAGGUGGUGUUUCCAUGACAGGGAUAUUGCUCCGGAUGGCAAAACCUUGGAGGAAUCUAAUAAAAACUUGGAUGAGGUGGUGGCCCUUGCCAAGGAGCUUCAGGGAACCAAAAUUCGACCUUUGUGGGGCACAGCUCAGCUGUUUAUGCAUCCUCGCUACAUGCACGGUGGUGCCACUAGCCCUGAACUAGGUGUAUAUGCAUAUGCUGCUGCUCAAGUUAAAAAAGCUAUUGAGGUCACGCAUUAUUUAGGUGGUGAAAAUUAUGUGUUUUGGGGUGGCCGUGAGGGUUACCAGAGUCUCCUGAAUACCGACAUGGGACGAGAGCUUGAUCAUCUGGCAAGGUUUCUUGAAGCUGCUGUUGCUUACAAGAAGAAAAUUGGAUUCAAUGGAACACUGUUGAUUGAACCGAAGCCUCAAGAACCUACUAAACACCAGUAUGACUGGGAUGCUGCAACAACAGCAAAUUUCCUGCGAAAAUAUGGCCUUAUAGGAGAAUUUAAACUUAACAUUGAGUGCAACCAUGCCACUCUAUCUGGUCACAGCUGUCAUCAUGAGCUUGAAACUGCAAGACUCAAUGGUUUACUGGGAAACAUUGAUGCAAACACUGGAGAUCCUCAAAUUGGAUGGGAUACAGAUGAAUUUCUCACAGACAUUGCAGAGGCGACUCGAGUUAUGCUUACUGUGGUAAAAAAUGGAGGAUUGGCACCAGGAGGCUUCAACUUUGAUGCAAAAUUACGGAGGGAAAGCACAGAUGUCGAGGAUUUGUUCAUUGCUCAUAUUAGUGGAAUGGAUACCCUGGCCCGUGGACUCCGUAAUGUCGCCAAGCUUAUUGAGGACGGUUCUCUGGCUGAGCUUGUUCGCAAACGAUAUGAGAGUUUUGAUACAGAGGUUGGGGCCCAGAUAGAGGCUGGUAAGGGUGAUUUUGAAUAUCUUGAGAAGAAGGCCAUGGAAUGGGGUGAACCAAAAGUUCCUUCUGCCAAGCAGGAACUUGCGGAGAGGCAUUUCCAGUCUGCUUUGUAGACAUGUAAAGUAAAUAGGAAUAAAUACCCGCAAGACUCUUUUCUAUUUUGUUUUUGUGCAAACAAGGUAAACAGUCCUUGCAACAGUUUAGAGGUACAAUUUGGUUAGAUCCAGAAAGGUAUAUAAUGCUCAUCUCGCGGCCAUGAUAUCGUUGAGAUAAUGAGUUUUUUGCA